UUUUUUCUUUCCGCCUUUUGCAGCAAAACCUUUUUGUGGGACUGGCUAGCCGCAGCUCGAGCUUCGCCCGCCAUUGGCUUGAAAAAGGAAAAUGGCCACCGAGCCAGGAGAUACGUUGACCUUGAGCCUACCGCCCGGUGCUGUACUAAAACAGAGGAUGAAAGUGGAGGAGCCGGAGCCGGACCCAGCCGAAGUGGGAAAAGGCCUCGGGAAAGACUCUCGUGCCAUGCAGGAUGGGAGUAUGAGGGAAUUCUGGGAGAGAAACGUGUCGGGCCACGUCAAGCAGGAGCCACAGAAGGGGCUUCAGCAGCCAUGGGAAGCCCAGCUGCAGGAAUUCCUCAGAGCGAUGGAGUCUUCCCACUCCGACGGGAGAAACCCGCACCAGCGGACCUUGGCGUUGCGGGAUGAGGCCCAAGCUGGCCUGUCUCCGGGUGACUCCAGGCCACGCCAGGUCCCUUUCCUGCCACAUCCCGGAAGAGAAGGCAACAACCUGCUGGCCAAAGAGGAGAGAGAGAGGGGGAAAGUGAAGGAGGAGGAGGCUGGUCCUGACACACAGCGGCAACACUUCCGGCAGUUCGGCUACCAGGAGGGGCCUCGAGAGACUUGCACCCGGCUCCGGGAGCUUUGCCACCGGUGGCUGAAGCCAGAGAGGCACACCAAGGAGCAGAUCCUGGAGCUGGUGAUCCUGGAGCAGUUCCUGGCUGUCCUGCCCCCGGAGAUGCAGAGCUGGGUCAAGGAAUGUCGCCCGGAGACCUGUGCCCAAGUCGUUGCCCUGGCAGAGGAGUUCCUAUUGAGGCAGCAGGAGGACGAGAGACCCGGAGGGAAGGAGGCGGUACGGGCCUUCCCUGAGGCGGAACAGACUCCACCAGAUACCUGGCCGAGGCCUCAAUUCAGGGAGAUCAAGCAAGAGGCCAACAGAGAUGCCACCUUGCUUGCAUGUUCUGCUGGGACACGUCGGAAGGAGAGGAAUCAGCCAGGCAACCCUGAGGAACUAGAGCCGUUUGUAGCAUUGUCAAGGGAAGACGAGCAAAACAUCGCUGGCCAAGCGGAGGACUCUGAGAGCCUGCAAGGAAACAAACCAGAAGCACAAGGCGGGAAAUUCAUUAAUUCUCAGGGUGGGUACGAGGACCUUGACGACAGCAUCGUGCCACAGCCAGCCGCCCUGAAAGGUGAGCGGGAAAACGCAGGGGUUCAGCUGGGGCAAGUUCUCAGGCUGAGGUCCGAUCUCAUAGUGCAUGAGAGGACACUGACGGGCGAGUCCCAGUACAAAUGUUCGGUUUGCUGGAAAACCUUUUGCCGCAGGAACGUCCUUAUCACUCAUCAGAGAAUCCACACCGGGGAGAAGCCAUACAAAUGCUUGGACUGUGGGAAAAGCUUCAGCCAGCGGUCACACUUGAUCUUGCACGAGAGGACUCACACCGGGGAGAAGCCCUACAAGUGCUCGGACUGCGGGAAAAGCUUCAGCCAGAGGCCCCACCUGGUCAAGCACGAGAGGAUCCACACCGGCGAGAAGCCCUACAAGUGCCCCUACUGUGGGAAAAGCUUCAGUGACCGCUCCACCCUGACGACCCACAAGAGGACCCACACGGGGGAGAAGCCAUACUCGUGCGCCGACUGCGGGAAGAGCUUCAGCGACCGGUCGUCUCUGAUCGCGCACAACCGGACUCACACGGGCGAAAAGCCCUACAAAUGCUCAGAGUGCGGGAAGAACUUCAGUCACCAGUCAACGCUCAUUCGACACGAGAGGAUCCAUAACGGGGACAAGACUCUGAAGUGUUUGGAAGCCCGGAAAAACACCGUCUCCGUCUUGGGGGCAGAUAAGAGACCCCGCUUGGGGGACAAGCCCCCAGUGCCGUGGACCAAUUCUGUGAGUUGGGGAGAGCCUCUGUCUCUGAGCCUCAGCAAUGCCCCUUCUGAAAAAGGGCCAGCCUGUUCGGCAUUUGCUUCCCCCUGCACACAACUUUCUUGCUUUGAGAGUUCAGGACUUGGUGGCGCUGCCAGGGCUGUCCAACAGAAUCGACCGAGGGUGGGGUGGGGGUUGGAAAUGGCUGCGGAGUCCAGAGAUACGUCGGCGCCAGGUCUUCAGCAGGCCGAGCGAGAGAAGAGGGCGGGAGAGCAGAGCCCCGCGGGGCCCGAGGCGGGGAAAGGCGGAGGGAGGGGCCCUUGUGUCAUCCGUGCGGAGAGCAUCCGGGAUUUCUGGGAAAGAACUGUCCCUGAGGAAGCGAUCCGGGAGCCCCGCAAAGGCCUGCAGCAACGGUGGGAAUCUCAGCUGCAGGAGUUCCUGAAGGCCUUGGAGUCCCCCCAUGCGGACGGGGGAAGCCCGCAGCUCCCAAGAAACAGUGCGCAGGCUUCCCUGACCCCUUUUGACGGGAUGGCUGACACCAGCCGGCGGCCUAGGUGGGAGCCAGACUCCCAAACCCUGCCUGGUCUGAGCGGAGGAGCCUCCCAGGCUGCGAGGGGCCUCCUGGCCAAAGACAAGUCAGACUGCAGGAAGGCCCAGGAGGCUGCCAGCUCACGUGAAGAGUGCCGCCUCUUCCGGCAGUUCGGCUACCAGGAAGCGGAAGGGCCCCGCGAAGCUUGCCGGCACCUCCGGAGGCUUUGCCACCAGUGGCUGAAGCCGGAGAGGCACACCAAGGAACAGAUCCUGGAGCUGGUCAUCCUGGAGCAGUUCCUGGCCAUCCUGCCCACGAAGAUGCAGAGCUGGGUCCGGGAGUGCAGCCCCCAGACCUGCACCCAGGCGGUGAUCCUGGCGGAAGACUUCCUGCUGAGGCAGCGGGAGAACGAGGGGCAGGUGGGAGAACAGCAGGCAAUCCGCCCGUUUGCGGAGGAAGACUCUGCAGAGAAGGCUCCUCUGAACACCUGGCAGAGGCCGCUGCUUGGAGGGAUGAAGGAGGAAAGCGAAGGAGACGCCCCUUUGCUGUCAGGUGACGAGAAGUUGUGCAGCCCGGAGAAGAAUGACCCGGAAGCUUCUGGAGAGCUGGAGCCACGUUGGAUGUUGUCUGGAAGGGUCGAACAGACCGUCCCCCACUGUCCCGUUCCAGGGGAGCCUUCCGAGGUGCUGUACGGUGGGAACUGCCUGGAGCGGGAAGCGGGGAAGUUCAUCAACUCCCAGGGGACGUACGAGGACUUGGACGAGAGCGCCAUGCAGCCGGGGACCCUCCUCCUCCUCCCCGGCGAGAGGGACAACGCCUGCCACGUGUGUGGGAAGGUCUUCCGGCGGCGCUCCAACCUGAUCGCGCACGAGAGGAUCCACUCGGGCGAGAGGUGGUACAACUGCUCCGAGUGCGGGAAGAGCUUCGUCAGCCGGGCCGCCUUCCUCAUCCACCAGCGGGUGCACACCGGGGAGAAGCCCUACAAGUGCUCCUACUGCGGGAAGGGCUUCAACACGGGCUCCAGCCUCAUCCGCCACAAGAGGAUCCACACGGGGGAGAAGCCCUACAAGUGCCCCGAUUGCGGGAAGCGCUUCAACGACUACUCCAACUUCAUCGUCCACAAGAGGAUCCACACGGGGGAGAAGCCCUACGAGUGCUCCGUCUGCGGCAAGCGCUUCAGCGACAACUCCAACUUCAUCAAGCACCACCACUGAGAGGUCGGCAGGCU